GCUUCUCCCGGGCGCGCAGCGGGUCGGCGGGUGUGGGCUACCGCCUGCAGCCAUGACCCUCGCAGUCUGUCCCCCGGCCGCGGCCCGGGGCGUCUAAUUUCCCACACAAUCGCUCGCAGCUGUGGGAGAGGCGGCCCCUGCUCCCUGUCGCCCUCGGCGCCUUCUCGCACUCCCUUGCGCCGAGCCGGGAGCAGCGCGGGCAGCCGGCGCUCCCGGGCAAGCUGGGGGUGUCUGCUGGAGGAGCCCCCCGCGCCGCCGCCCCGCUGCCCGGGACUCUGGCCAUGGCCUGGCGGGGCGCAGGGCCGAGCGUCCCCCGGGCGCCCGGAGGAGGCGUCGGGCUCAGCCUGGGGCUGCUGCUGCCGUUCCUGCUGCUUCUGGGGCCAGCGCGGGGCUUCGGGGACGAAGAGGAGCGGCGCUGCGACCCCAUCCGCAUCUCCAUGUGCCAGAACCUCGGCUACAACGUGACCAAGAUGCCCAACCUGGUGGGGCACGAGCUGCAGACAGACGCCGAGCUGCAGCUGACAACUUUCACGCCCCUCAUCCAGUACGGCUGCUCCAGCCAGCUGCAGUUCUUCCUCUGUUCUGUUUAUGUGCCAAUGUGCACAGAGAAGAUCAACAUCCCCAUCGGCCCAUGUGGUGGCAUGUGUCUCUCAGUUAAGAGACGUUGUGAGCCUGUCCUGAAGGAAUUUGGGUUUGCCUGGCCUGAUAGCCUGAACUGCAGCAAAUUUCCACCCCAGAAUGAUCAUAACCACAUGUGCAUGGAAGGGCCAGGUGAUGAAGAGGUGCCAUUACCUCACAAAACGCCCAGCCAGCCUGGGGAAGAAUGCCACUCUGUAGGAACCAAUUCUGAUCAGUACAUCUGGGUAAAAAGGAGCCUGAACUGUGUUCUCAAGUGUGGUUACGAUGCUGGCUUGUACAGCCGCUCGGCCAAGGAGUUCACUGACGUGUGGAUGGCAGUGUGGGCCAGCCUGUGCUUCAUCUCCACCACCUUCACUGUGCUGACCUUCCUGAUUGAUUCUUCCAGGUUUUCUUACCCGGAGCGCCCCAUCAUAUUUCUCAGUAUGUGCUAUAAUAUUUAUAGCAUUGCUUAUAUUGUCAGGCUGACUGUAGGCCGGGAAAGGAUAUCCUGCGAUUUUGAAGAGGCUGCAGAACCCGUUCUCAUCCAAGAAGGACUUAAGAACACAGGAUGUGCAAUAAUUUUCUUGCUGAUGUACUUUUUUGGAAUGGCCAGCUCCAUUUGGUGGGUUAUUUUGACACUUACUUGGUUUUUGGCAGCUGGACUCAAAUGGGGUCAUGAAGCCAUUGAAAUGCACAGCUCUUAUUUCCACAUUGCAGCCUGGGCCAUCCCUGCAGUGAAAACCAUUGUCAUCUUGAUUAUGAGACUGGUGGACGCAGAUGAACUGACUGGCCUGUGCUACGUUGGUAACCAGAACCUCGAUGCCCUCACUGGCUUUGUGGUGGCUCCCCUCUUCACUUACUUGGUGAUUGGAACUUUAUUCAUUGCUGCAGGUUUGGUGGCCUUAUUCAAAAUUCGGUCAAAUCUUCAAAAGGAUGGGACAAAAACAGACAAGUUGGAAAGGCUGAUGGUCAAGAUUGGUGUCUUCUCAGUACUGUACACAGUACCCGCAACCUGUGUGAUUGCCUGUUAUUUCUAUGAAAUCUCCAACUGGGCACUCUUUCGGUAUUCUGCAGAUGACUCAAACAUGGCAGUUGAAAUGUUGAAAAUUUUUAUGUCUUUGCUGGUGGGUAUCACCUCAGGAAUGUGGAUUUGGUCUGCCAAAACUCUUCACACGUGGCAGAAGUGUUCCAACAGACUGGUGAAUUCUGGGAAGGUAAAGAGAGAAAAGAGAGGGAAUGGUUGGGUGAAGCCUGGGACAGGCAAUGAGACUGUGGUGUAAGUCUAGCUAUGCGCCGUGCUUUCCUCGUCUGGAAGUGGGGAAUGCCAGCAUUUCUGUGGAAAUGCUCCUAGAAGUCUGAAGCAGUGAACCUCAGUUUGAACAAACUAGCAACACUCAAGCAACCCCCAUCAGUCCACUACCCAUCACUCCCACCCCAGCAUCAUAAAAACCAAUGAUUUUGCUGCAGACUUUGGAAUGAUCCAAAAAUGGAAAAGCCAGUUAGAGGCUUUAAAGCUGUGAGAAAUCAAAAUGUUGAUCACUUUAGCAGGUUGCAGCUUAGAGCGUGGAGAUCCUACACAGAUUCCAGCAAGUCCAGGGUGAUGCUGUUUUUCCCUCCAGGGUGGGAUUUGAGAUGUGAGUUGAUAACUUGCAGAAAGAAAGAUAAAUUUUUUUAACCCUUUAAAAUUUUAAAUACUAACUAGGUCUUUCAGAUAGCAAAGUGAUCUGUAAACACUGGAAACGUUGAGUUCAGAGGAGUGUUACAAGAGUUUUAUAGUUUGGCUGAUUUAACAUAAACAUCUUUGUGGUGCACUGUCUUCUGUUUAGAACUUCGUGGAUUGCACUCCCAAGAGGUGGUGUCAAAAUAUUUCAGUGCCUUUGUCAUAAAACAGAAUUGUUUGAACAAACAGAGUGCUGUUCUGACAAAUAUAAGGUGUCCAGUGGAUUUUUCUUCUCUCUCCUCCUCUCUUUAAUUUUAACAUCUCCGUUCUAGGCUGCUGCUGUUUUCAUUUUACACUAAUGACUCAAAAAAAGGUAUUUUUAUAGGAAUUUUUGCAAUGCAGCAUGCCUAAUGAGGGGGAAAGGAAGGGUGAUUCGCUUUCUGACAAUCACUUAAUUCAGAGGAAAAUGAGAUUUACAAAGUUGACUUACCUUACCAACCCCAGAGACCUAUUGCAUUGAGCAAUGGGGACUUAAUAUAUUUUACUUUGUGUGAUUGCAUCUAUGCAGACGCCAGUCUGGAAGGGUUGAAAUGUUAAAUUUCUUGGCAACUUUGCAUUCACACAGAUUAGCUGUGUAAUUUAUGUGUGUCAAUUACAAUUAAAAGCACAUUCUUGGACCAUGACAUAAUAUACUCAACUGACUUUAAAACUAUGGUCAUCUUGCAUUCUUAGACUGAUAGUGCCUUUCUCCGCCUUAGCUAAAGAAUGUUAUCAGAGUCCAGUCUACUUACCACACUGGAGACUUAUUCAUUUUUGUAAAGGGAACUAAGGACAGCUAAUCCAACUACUUGGCACAUAAUUGUUCCCUAGUAAUUAACAAAGGCUCCUUAUAAGAUUUCAUUGGAGGCAGUGUGGCCUGGAGUAUUUAUAUGGUGCUUAAUGAAUCUCCAGAAUGCCAGCCAGGAGCUGGAUUGGUUAGCAGGGAAUAAAGUGUAGACCAUAUGAAAUGAACUGCAAAAUCUAACAGCACAGGUCUUAAUUGCCUUAUGUGGAAGUAUCCAAAGCCUUUAAAAUUUAUGCUUUAUGCUCCUCACGAGGGGGUACCCCCUAGCAGCCUAUCAAAAGUUGCAAUUCUUUUAAAAUUGUAGCUGGCCUUUUUCUUAAUCUGCCUUAGGCAUUCUAAUCACCAGAUCUCUGGGACAAUUUGUUGUCAGUGUCACAGGUUGCUCUCCUUGUAACUCGCCUCUGUCUUUGCUUUAGCAGCUGCUUCGCAGUAGCUUAUUAUUUAUUAAUUCAUGACAUCUUAAAAAUAGAUAGAAAACCUUUUUUCUUUUGUGGAGAAAUUUUUCCAGGGACUCAGAAUUCCAAAUAGGUGAUCAAAUUCUGGAAAUAAGCAUGUCUUCUUAUUUUGACUUGAGCUUUAUGUCUGUGCUUUGACAUUUUCUGUCCUUUUUCCCUCUUGUUUUUACAUGUUACUGAGCUGCCUGCGAUCAAGAUACAUGUAAGGUCCUUCGCAUGUUUGCAAGGGAGAGUACUGGGGCUUUUGAAAUAGAAGCUGUCUGAGCCUGGGUGGCCCCUGCUGCUUUGUGCAGUUGGACUCUGGGUUAGGGCUCCAAGGAACGUGAGAAUUGAUGGCUGGAAGGACCAGUUUAACUCUAUUUGAGGCCGCAUUGCCCACAAAGUGGAGAAUGUGAACUCCCCUUGCUGCUCACAGAGGGUUCCCAUAGCUGUGCAGGGCCCUGGAGCGUGCACCCAGGGGCAGGGCCUGCCCUUACUCACGCUCCACCCCGGUGUCUUGGGAGUUGUGUGGAGUUUGGCCCAGGGAAGGGAAGGCGGCUGGUCAGGGAGAGAGUGUCCUUGCUUCUGGAGUAGAGGGCAUUGUCAUGCAGUUUUCUUUCUCAUGCUUCAUGACUAUAUGACCAAGGCAGCACCUACCAGGUCUGGGCAUGGAGUAGGCAUUCAGUAUUUGUCAACGAUUCAACAAUAAUCAUAACAAUCAAAGCGCACUUGGUUGAACUCGGGAUGCUUUGAUUGUGAAUUCUGGAGAGAGUGCCCUGACAAUUUUGAGGGUGUGACUGCCUCAUCCACAGAUUUGCUGCCUUUUCAGGGAAAGGUACAUUUGAUCAGAAGUGGAUGUUGGUACAGACUGGAUCAGUAGCCUUAGCAAUGCCGCAGUGUUAUAGGCCUUUCUUCUCACAUUCCAGACAAUGGGGAGUGUUUACAGUUUCAAGAAAGGAACUUUGUGGCUGAGGAGUCAGUUUCCAGUGCCCUUCAAGCGACUCUAUGUUUUCUUAAAUUGAUAUUUACUUUAAAAAAGCAAAGUCUAUUAUGUUCAUUUAUUGAAUUACCACUGUGUGUAAAGCCCUAGUUUGGGCAUUAGGGAUGCCAUGGGAGGUAAACUCUGUUCUAAUGGAUGUAGGAUAGAGAUGCCCCUGGAUGUGCUUAGCUGCUGGUUUUGUGAAGGAAUAGGGGCCUGUAGAAUUCAAAUUAGUGUCACUGUCUCUUUUCCACAGACCUCUUUCAGGGUCUCUGUACCUUAAUCUUUUGUCCUUUCCCAGGAUUCCUUCUAAAUCAGUUACAGGGAUUGUGACAAAGCAUCACUUCUGCUUCAUGACAAUCUACCUACAAGUCCCCAGGAAAACUGAGAACAAGUUACAUGGAAAUAAGUUCCCACACCUACUAUGGCUUUGGGGGCAGGCAGAUUGUGUUUCAGUUGUGCCUUGUGACUUGUAUAGGCAUAUUUGAAGACAGUAUCUAACUGGGAAAAAGUUAGGUUUUUUCCCCCUCUGAAGUCCAGAAUAAAUAGGUCUGUUUGUAGCUUUUACAAAAGUCUCUUGGCCUCCAGAGAUUUUAUUAAAUCGGACCAAGGGUACCUCAGUCUAACCUCCUCUUUGGCAGACUUUUCUCCUGCUGCAUAGAGGUCAAACCUUAACAUAGAGUAAUAUGGGGUAGAAUUGGCCAGAGCCAUCUGGUUAAGCUAUUUGAUUGAUUCAUAUUCUUCCUUUAUGGAGCCUCGUUUCCUGAGACGACUUCUGAGCUGGCAGCUUGCUCAAGACCCUGAAACUGGAGAAGGGGUGAUACCUUUCAUUUCUCUGUGAUGCUCGUUGAUUUUUUUCUUUCCUGGGUCACUCCCUUACCUGUAUUCCCCAGAAACAGGAUCUGAAAAACUUCUGUAUUAGAUUCUGCAUCGUGAUUCUAUCGAGCACCCCUAGCUUUGAACUCCCUGGCCCCCUGGCUUCCUGGUCCUGGAAUUGAGUGGUUUCCUUUUGUGUUGAGAACCAAGCUGGUACUGGAUGACACGAAGAUGAACUCAGCAUCUUCAGCCCGGGCAGGCUCAUGUAAAGGGCUCUCCCAGGAUGUUGUGAUCUUGGUUUCUGAUCAGGUAGCUACAGCAGCAGUUACAAAAGGGAACCGCAGAGCACAGACUUUGGAAGGAACCUCUUAAAAUCAGUCUACAUCUUGAAUUUCAUUCUAUGAUAGAGGGAAUUGGAGAGAGUUGCGCUUCUAGCCAGUCAAGUCAAGUCCCUGGACUCUGACAAUUUCCUUUGUUCCUUUAUUGUGUUUGAGUUCAGAGUCCAUGUCUGGGUUUGCAUUAUGUCUGGCAAAGGACCUGGGUUAUCAUUUUUCUUCUGUGGCUAGGUCACAGAUCUCGGAAACACCUAAGAAAGUAUUGUGCUCCUACCAAGGAUCAGAUGCUGGAACCUUAAAUAAUGGAUUUUGUUUCACUGUAGCCUGGAUAGAGCCCUCUGUUGCUGCCGAUUGCCAUGCAAAUGUGCAAUAAUGGCGUGCUUGACAGUACCAGAGGGGAAGUGAACCAUGGAUCCCCCCCAACAUACCUGUUCCCCUGGUAAGUCCAGCUGCCCCUAUAGUGGCUUGUUUGUUUCUUAUUUACCCUCUUCCACCUGUGUGCAUCAGCAAGUUCCUGGCAUUCAGCCAGGCAGUCUGUAAAGACCUUUUUGGGAUCCCCUAUGAGCCAUGCCCUCAACACUCUUGCACCUCUGUUGGUUUCCUGCAGUAUUCAGUACAUGACCUCUGGCUCCCAGAAGGCUUCUGAAGAGAAGGUUGAGAACAGUUCUGCCCCACAAAGUUUGGGUCCAUCUUCCCUGUCAGGUUGUUAGAAAUUCCCAGUCCCUUAUAGGCCCUGACAUCAUUAUGGGUUCUGGGAGAGGCACACUGCUUUCUCUGUCUCUCCCAUUGAGGCAGAUACAUGGUUCUGAGUUUCUCCUACCUCACAGGGAUGUUGUGAGGCUUUAGAAGGCGAAAGACGAAGAAGGCCUCUUGAGCUCUUUUAAGAAAGAUGGACCAGGUAGUGGGUGCAAUCUGCAGAAAGAUGAAAGAAGACUCAGCCUGCUUUGUAUGGCAGUCAGGCUAGUUGCUCUCUGGCCCUUUCUCAGAUCCUCAGGCCACUCCACAGCUCCAGGGACCUGGAGGCCAAGCUGGGGGACUUUCAGAUAUUCAACAUAGAGGUACCAGGCAAAUUGCUGUACACACACCCUGAAUGAAUUUGCUGAAUUUGAAAGGAAGAAGGCCCUGUCUUUAAGGAUGUACAAAAGUAUGUCUGCAUUGAUGUCUGUACUGUAAAUUUCUAAUUUAUCACUGUACCAAAAAAUCCCUUGCUAUUUAAUUUUUGUAUUAAAGGAAAAUAAAGUUUUGUUUAUUAAGUCA